AUGGCAUCAUCUUUCUUUUCUGAUUUUGGCCUGAUGUGGUAUCUGGAGGAGCUCAAAAAAGGCGAGUUCAAAAAAUUUAAGGAACUCCUCAGGCAAGAGCCUUUGCAACUUGGACUCACGCAGAUCCCCUGGGCUGAUGUGAAGAAGGCGACACGGGAAGACCUUGCAAACUUAUUGAUGAAGCAUUAUGAUGAACAAGGAGCCUGGAACGUGACCUUCAACAUCUUUCACAAGAUCAAUCGGAAGGAUCUCUGUGAGAAGGCCAAGAAAGAGAUUACAGGAUACACAAAGACGUAUCGAGCUCACGUAAAGGAGAAAUUCAGCAAGAUUUGGUUCAGAGAAUCUGUCACCAGGAUUUCUAAUUACUUUGAGAAGGAACUCACCCAGAAAGAACGCAGCUACUUGGAAUUUCUUUUUGUUCCCAAGAAAAUCGGGAGACGGACGGUAGUUCUCAGAGGAAUUCAAGGGAUUGGGAAGACCACGAUCCUGGUCAAGUUGAUGUUGGCCUGGGCAGAGGGCACGCUCUACCGGGAGCAGUUUUUGUAUGUUUUCUACUUUUGCUGCCGGGAAUUGAAGCAGUUGACAAUGACCAGCUUGGCUGCAUUGAUUUCUAGAGGCUGGUCUGACUCCCUCGUCCCGAUAGCGGAGAUCACAUCCCAACCAGACAGACUCUUGUUCAUCAUCGAUGGCUUUGAAGAACUGAACUACGCCUUGAACGAACCUGAGUCAGAUCUGUGCAGCGACUGGAUGGAGCAGCGGCCAGUCCAGGUGGUCUUGAGUAGCUUGCUGAGGAAGAAAAUGCUCCCCGAGUCCUCACUGCUUAUCGCGGCUGUGCCCAUGUACCCGCGGGCAAUUGAGCAGAGGCUGGAGCACCCAGAAAUCAAAACACUUGCAGGGUUCAGUGAGAGUGAAAAGAAGAUGUACUUUUGCUGCAUAUUUCAAGACACGAGGAAAGCCCUAGAAGCCUUUGGUUUCAUGAAAGAGAACGAACAACUGUUUUGCAUGUGCCAAAUUCCCAUCCUCUGCUGGGUCGUGUCUACCUGUCUGAAGCAGGAGAUGGAAAAGGGGAGAGAUCUGGCACUGACCUGCCAACGGGCCACCUCUCUUUAUACCUCUUUCAUCUUGAACUUGUUCACACCCAAAGGGGCGAAUGGUCCAGAUGAGCAAAGCCAAGGCCAGCUGAGGGGCCUGUGUUCCCUGGCUGUGGAGGGCAUGUGGACCGACACAUUCGUAUUUAGUGAAGAGGAUCUCAGGAGAAAUGGAUUAGUUGCUUCUGACAUCCCUACAUUGCUGGACAUCCAGGCUCUUCAGAAGUGCAGGGAGACUGAGAACUCGUUCACCUUCAUCCAUGUGUCCAUCCAGGAGUUCUGUGCUGCCAUGUUCUACUUCAUCAAGAGCCACACCAACCAUCCCAACCCAGUUGUUGGAUGUACCGAGGAACUGCUUUUUACCUAUUUAAAGAAAGUAAAGGUCCAUUGGAUUUAUUUGGGGUGUUUCAUGUUUGGCCUUUUAAAUGAAAAGGAGCAAAAGAAGCUGGAAGCAUUUCGGGGCUCCCACCUGUGCCGAGAGGAGAUACAGCAGAAAUUUCAGCAGCACAUACAGAGCAUAGGUGAGAGUGAACACCUUUGGGGACAGAUUGAUUUCUUGGCAUUAUUUUACUGUCUGUUCGAGAUGCAGAAUGAAGCCUUUGUACGCUGGGCAGUGAACCUCUUCCAAGACGUUAACUUUUCUGUCACCGCCAAGUCGGACUUGUUGGUUUCUGCCUACUGUUUAAAACUCUGUUCUGGCCUGAGGAAACUUUGGUUUUCCGUCCAAAAUGACUUUAAAGAGGAGAAUGCAGACACCUCCAUGUCAAGUUACCAUUUAAUCUGUUGGCAUCACGUCUGCUCUGUGCUCACUACAAAUGAAAACCUCACAGAACUUCAAGUGAGUGACAGUAGCCUCCGUCAGUCAGCCUUUGUGACUCUGUGUAGUCAGCUGAAACAUCCCAGAUGUCACCUUCAAAAGCUUCAGAUAAAAAAUGUUUCCUUCUCUGGUGGCAAUUGGCUUUUCUUCGAGGUGCUCACUCAUAGCCCAGAUUUGAAACACCUGGACCUCAGUGGCACAAGGCUCUCCCGUAACGACGUGGUGUUGCUCUGUAAUGCCUUGAACAACCCAACGUGCAACAUAGAAAAGUUACUGCUGGCAAAUUGUGGCCUCUCAGCUGAUGAUUGUGAAGGCUUCACCUGGGUCCUACACAACAGCACGAAGUUGAAGCUUCUUAAUGUGUCAUACAACUACUUGGAUAAAGGGCUGCCUCUGUUGUGUGAAGCCUUGCGUCACCCAGCCUGUGCUCUGGAAGUUUUGGAGUUAGGUUGCUGCUAUAUCAGUGAACAUUUCUGGGGAAACCUCUAUGAAGUUCUUCUGUGUAAUAAGAGCUUAAUCCAUCUAGACCUCAGUGCAAACGUCCUGAAACGUGAAGAUGUUCAACUUCUCUGUGAGGCCUUGAAACAGCCAAGCUGCCACCUCAAAUCACUAUGCAUGAUAAACUGCUUUAUCACUGCCGAGGGCUGUCGGGACCUCGCCUCAGUCCUCACUGAAAACCCAAACCUCAGACAUCUGCAAGUUGGGUGCAACGACAUAGAAGACGUUGGCGUGAAGCUGCUGUGUGAAGCUCUAACACAUCCCGACUGUCGCUUAGAGGAUCUGGGGCUGGGUGCAUGCAAGUUAACUAGUACCUGCUGCAAGGACCUCGCUUUAGCUCUCACCAGCAGUAAAACUCUGAGAAGACUCAACCUGACUGGAAACUCCUUGGACCACGGUGGGGUGCUGGUGUUGUGUGAGGCCCUGAGACACCCCGAGUGCAGGCUGCAGGUUCUCUGGCUGGAAAAAGCUGUCUUUGAUGAGGAAACUCAGAGACUUCUAAUGGCUGAGAAAGAGAGAAAUCCCUACUUGACAAUCAUAGAUAACUAA